CUCAAUCGGUCAAAACAGCUGGCAGUAAGCGGUUCGAAAAUCGGAGGUGACGUAAUUCUGCUACGUACAUCAUCAAAUCGCGCGCUCAGAAGCACAGCGCUCAAUGACUAUAUUUUACAUUAAAUUACGAACAAUCAAAGGUUCCUACGAUGACUGAAUUUAAGAGAGCCUUCUCACUGGUGUGGGAUCACUUCACUCUAGUGACACCCAAUAAGGUCCAGUGCGCCCUCUGUUCACAACGGCUUAGCUUCAACAAAAACACCUCCGCCAUGUUAAGGCACCUACGAUCAAGGCACCCAAGCGAGGCUUGGUACAGCAACUCAACAUCUGGGGCCCACUCAAGCACAAGCAACUCAACAUCUGGAGUCCACUCAACGUUCUCUGGUACUACAGGACUAAACUCAAUGUUUACAAACAGUGCUGCUGCUGGACACCACAUCCAAGUCAGGACCACCAGACAAGAGGACCUGGAUGAUGCCCUAGUCAACAUGUUGGUUAAAGACACCCAGCCAUUUUCAGUAGUCGAGGAAGAAGGAUUCACUGCUUUCGUUCAAAAGCUAGACCCAAGCUACAAUCUUCCAAACAAGCAAGCACUGAAGAAAAUGGUGGGGUCUCGGUGUGAAUUCAUCAAUGAUAAUGUUGUAUCUCAGAUGGUAAUUUCUGACUUUGUCAGCCUGACUUCGGACAUGUGGACAUCUAUAGACAAGUACAGUUACAUUUCAGUGACGGGGCAUUUGGUAACAGAAAAUGCCCAGUUAUCCACUUUCCUCCUUGGGAUUUCUAAGCUGCCUGAAAACCACAAAGUGAUCCACAUUGAGGAGGCCAAAAACCAACUGGUGGCGAGCUGGGGCCUCCACAGCAGGGUCGCUGCAUUUGUCACAGAGAACAGCGAAAAUAUGGUAGCCACGGUUCAGAAAUUAGGAAUCCUCCAGUUGCCCUCUUUUGCACACGUCCUGAACCUUGUGAUUAAGAGGUCCAUGGAGGCUACUUUGGAGCUGCAGGACAUCCGCUCCCAAGCGCGGGCUAUCGUGUCUUUCUUCAAGUCGAAUCAGAACGCAGAGAUGAGGUUAGCCGAGGUGCAGGGGCAGCUAGGCAGGCCGGAGCAGAAGCUGAUCCAGGAAGUGGACUCGAGAUGGAACAGUAGCUUUUCUAUGCUGGAACGCAUCUUUGAUCAGAGGGAGUCUGUGGCUGCUGCUCUCAGCACCCUGGACACGGACAUCAUCCCUCUGGGAUCUGCUGACUACGAGGUCAUCCACCAGUGUCUCGGAGUGCUGGGUUCCUUCAACCAGGCCACAGCUGAGCUCGCCUCAGAGAAACGCGUCUCUGCUUCCAAGGUCAUUCCUCUUGUCCGAAUGCUGAAGAUAACCCUUGAGAAGAAGCACGGUGCCAUCAUACACUCUACAGCUACACAGCUGGCGUCUAACCUGCAGAGGGAGCUUCAGACGAGCUGCAGUAUGGUGGAGACCGAGCCAAUCCUGGCUCUCUCGGCUCUCCUAGACCCGCGCUUCAAAAUGUUGGCCUUCGGGAACCAAGGCUACGCUCAGGAGGCGGUGAAGCUCCUCACCUCCGAGUGCGCCUCAUUAAUCCGGAUAAAUCCCGACAAGGAUGACAUUCUACCACCCUCCACCACCAUGUCAACGACGCCCUCCCUGACAUCACCCCACACCUCCUCCUGGGCAAUGGAAACCGCUUCCAUCUCCAUGGCAACAUCUCUGUCUAAGUCCCACGAUGGGGGUCUGUGGGAGAUGUUUGACAGUAAAGUGGGUGAGACACAGAGCGUCCAGAGCAGCACGGCGGACGCAGCGGUGGAGGUACAACACUACCUCAGUGACCCGUACCUGAACCGAGUGGAGAACCCCAUGCACUACUGGGAGAAGCACUCCAAGGUGUACCUGCACCUGUUCCAGCUGGCUCGGAAAUACCUCAGCGUUCCCGCCUCGUCUGUGCCAUGCGAGCGCAUAUUCACCAAAGCUGGAGAUGUGUUCAAUAAAAAGAGGAGUUGCCUCAGUAUGAAGGCUGUAGAGCAGAUAAUGCUGUUGAAUAAAGGUCUCGUAUAGCACAAGCAUACUGUCCACAGUGCUUCUCAUGCUGUUUGGCCUGUAUGUAACAUAGGACUGUUAAAUGUACCAAAUGCAUUGUAAUGUAUUCUUCCUGGUUUGUGUAUAAAGUAUGUUAAAAUGGCCUUUUUUUAUAAAAAGAGAAGCAGUCAUUUACAGUUUGUAAAUUUGUCAGGAGGCCGUUUGACCACUAGAGGACAAUGCUGCACUGCCUAACAACCUGGCAGGGUGUACGUUUAUGGCUCUCAAUUACUUUUGAUUUAUUACUGGGUGGACCGAAUUCAAUAUAGCCUAUACAUCACCAUAAGUGUUAAAAAUAUAUUUUAAAACAUUGUAAAAAAUCACUGAAUAGUAGUUUGCAUUGUCAUGUAAUCGAGAUGGUUGUUGUGCCAAGUGCAAUUGAUGUUAUUUCACAUUCAUAUCACCACGUAUGGACUUCUCUUGAUGCCUUUUGAGUGCUUUUUAAGGUCAAGAAAAUAUGAUUUAACUUCUGAUGGUUUAUCCAAUGCCUAUUGAUGCAGGUGGGGAUGAUGCUAAAUGGCAUUUUCAUUGGAGUUACAAUAGUGAUGUAUGCAAGUCAGCAGCUGGUAUACGACGUACAAUUGACACUUACAGAAGGCAAUGUGCAUUUGAAAAGGUUCAUGCUUGAAAAGUAUGGGGGGAAAUUGCUUGGAGGCAUUCCACUUCUUUUUUUACUAGGAAAGUCAGUUAAGAACAAAUUAAUAUUUACAAUGAUGGCCUAAUCCAGACAACACUGGGCCAAUUGUACACUGCCCUAUGGGACUUCCAAUCACAGCCAGAUGUGAUGCUGCCUGGUGUUGAACCAGGUAUUGCAGUGAUACCUCUUGCACUGAGAUGGCUUGUCUUAGAUCACUGUGCCACUCGUGAGCCCAAGUUUGAAAUGACAACAGGUGAAUAAAUGAAGUGGUUGCCAAGGAGACCUCAAAUGGCUACCCAGACUAUUUGCCAAGGGAACAGUUGUUGAGCCAGUCAUUAAAAAGUAAAGAGCACACAUUAAUACUGGAUUUUCAAUUUACUCUUAAAACGAUACAUAUUUCACAGACCUUCACUGUAAUAUGUAAGCUCAUGGGAAGGCCACUGUAAAAUGUAUACGAGGAUACUUACCAUUUUGGUUGGGGUGAUGUUAAGUUUUUACUAUGAAAACAAUCCUGG